AUGGCCUCUGACUCCGCGGCCGCCGCGACGGUGGACGGCAGCGCGCUCGCGGGGCGCGCGCUGGCCGCGGCGGGCACGCGGCACAUGUUUGGGGUAGUGGGCAUCCCCGUCACCUCUCUCGCGUCCCGCGCCGCCGCGGCCGGGGUCCGCUUCCUCGCCUUCCGCAACGAGCAGUCCGCGGGGUACGCCGCCGCCGCCUACGGCUUCCUCACGGGCUCCCCGGGCGUCCUCCUCACCGUCUCCGGCCCGGGAUGCGUCCACGGCCUCGCGGGCCUCUCCCACGCCACCGCCAACGCCUGGCCGCUCCUCAUGGUCUCCGGAUCCUGCGACCAGGCCGACGCCGGCAGGGGCGACUUCCAGGAGCUCGACCAGAUCGCCGCCACCAAGCCCUUCGCCAAGCUCGCCGUCAAGGCCACAACCAUCGCCGACAUCCCGCGCCUCGUCUUCCAGGCCCUCGCCGCCACCGUCUCCGGUCGCCCCGGAGGGUGCUACCUCGAUAUCCCGUCCGACGUCCUCCACCAAACCCUCCCUGAAUCCGAGGCCGCGUCUCUCAUAGCAACAGCAGCCGCCAAUUCGGCCGCAUCCGAUCCUUCCCCGUCGAAGCACAAGUCCCUAGACGAGGGAAUCGAGAAACCUGCGGACCUGCUCCGGCGUGCGGAGCGGCCUCUGGUUGUGUUUGGGAAGGGUGCGGCGUACGCACGCGCGGAGGAGGCGAUUCGGAAGCUGGUGGACACCACGAGCAUCCCCUUCCUCCCGACGCCGAUGGGGAAGGGGGUCGUGCCUGACUCGCAUCCACUCUCCGCCACGGCGGCACGCUCACUCGCCAUCGGGCAGUGCGAUGUGGCUCUGGUCGUCGGUGCAAGGCUUAAUUGGUUGCUUCACUUUGGCGAGCCACCCAAGUGGAGGGAGAUUGAGCUCCGGAAGCCACAUGUGGGGAUUGUUGGGGAUGCGAAGAGAGUAAUUGAGCUGAUCAACCAGGAGAUCAAGGAUAAUCCAUUCUGCUUGGCAAGGUCGCACCCAUGGGUUGAAGCGAUCACGAAGAAGGCCAAGGACAAUGUUCUUAAGAUGGAGGCGCAGCUAGCGAAGGAUGUUGUGCCGUUCAAUUUCAUGACACCAUUGCGGAUAAUCCGGGAUGCGAUCCUUGCUGAGGGGAGUCUGGCUCCGGUAGUGGUCUCAGAAGGGGCGAACACCAUGGAUGUUGGCAGGGCUGUGCUUGUGCAGAAUGAACCAAGGACAAGACCGGAUGCAGGGACAUGGGGGACGAUGGGUGUUGGAUUGGGGUACUGUAUUGCAGCUGCAGUAGCUGAACCCGAAAGACUUGUGGUUGCUGUCGAGGGCGACUCUGGAUUUGGAUUCAGUGCAAUGAAGGUUGAGGUAUGA